AAGAACCGCCGUUGGGCUGGAGCCCGGAGCCGCACAGCGCCCCGCCACCGCGUUCUCCCUGCUGCUGCUUUCGUGCUUCCCCGCCCGCCAUGGCCAGCAUUAAGGACCUCGAGGGGAGGUGGCGCCUGACGGAAAGCCACGGCUUUGAGGAAUACAUGAAGGAGCUAGGAGUAGGCCUGGCUCUUAGGAAGAUGGGUGCCAUGGCCAAACCAGACUGUGUCAUCACGUGUAACGGCAACAAUAUCACUGUUAAAACCGAGAGCACUUUUAAGACGACACAGUUUUCUUGUACGCUGGGAGAGAAGUUUGAUGAAACUACAGCCGAUGGCAGAAAAACUCAGACGAUCUGCACCUUCACCGACGAUGCCCUGGUCCAGCAACAGAACUGGGACGGGAAGGAAAGCACAAUAACCAGGAGAGUGAAGGGUGGAAAGCUGGUGGUGGACUGCGUGAUGAAUAACGUCACCUGUACUCGGGUCUAUGAAAAGGUGAAGUGAGGAUUGCCUCUCCGCCCCGGACAGGAGUGAAUGUCAAAGUGUUGUCAAAGUGGGAUCUUCCUUUUGGUUAGUAAAUAAAAAUGUUUGUGCUACUUCG